AUUUCUAGGGUUAGGGUUUAUCUCAUUCUUCUUCAAUGGCGUCUUCAACCUCCGCCCAAUUUCGAAUUAACCCUCCUCCUGCUGGGUAUUCCGGGAAGCUCAAUUUGGCUUCUGUUUCCUCCAAAGCGUUUUUCUUUGGACACAAAACGACAGCGUUUUACCCGAAGCUAAGAGCGAAGAGCGUGGUGUUGAGAGUAGUAAACGAGAAAGUGGAUGGGUUCGAUUUGGAGACGACGAAUCCGGCGAGGGGAGCCGAGCUUCUGCGUGCGUUGAAUAUGAGCAGAUUCCUCCUCUGUGCCAUGGGUUCGAUGUUUUACCAUUGUCACUAGGUCUUGAAACACUAGGUGGUGUAAUGACAAAGAUCAUCCCAAGAAAUACUACUCUGCCGACCUCCAAGUCAGAGGUGUUCUCCACAGCCGUAGAUGGGCAGACUAAUGUUAAAAUUAAUGUUUUCAUAGGAGAGAGAGAAUUCGCUUGGGACAACAGAUAUGUUUGCAGCUUCAUUUUGAAUAUCCCACCUGCACCUCGUGGGGUUCCUCAAAUUGAAGUGAAGUUUUGCAUUAAUUCGGAUGGUAUUCUUUCGGUUACUGCGGUUGACAAGGGCACAGGGGAGAAGCGGGGCAUUGGCAUUAUAAAUUUGCCCGACAGGAAAUCGAUGCGAAGGAUGGUUAAUGAAGCAGAGAGGUUUGCAAAGGAUAACAAGGAGAAGAGAGAUGCCAUUGACUCUCUCUGUCUCUCUGUCUACCAGACAGAGAAACAGCUGAAGGAACAUGGAGAGACAAGGUUCUUGCCCCAGAAAAUAAUUUAAUGGACGGGUUUUAGCCGCCCCCCUAAACAAAUGGGGGUGGGGAUGGGGUUAACAUUUUCCCUUGCACCCGGCCUGUUUUUAUUUAAAUAAUUUAAAAAAUAUUUUUAUAAGUUUUUAGUAAGACAUUCAUAUGUGCUUUUAGCCUUUUAACUUUAAAUUUAUGAUUUUUUUUAUAUAUCGUAUUAUUAAAUUUAUACUUUUAUGUUUU